AUGCGUCAGCUCCUUGGUGUCGACUUGUUCGUCGGACCGGUGCUCUCGGCGACUUCUUGUGUCGAUGCCAUCAAUGCGUCGUUGAGCAAGUGGCUCGUGCGCUUCUAUAACUGCGCACUCCAGACGUACCGCAACGCCCUUGCUUCGCAUGCGAUCUUCAAAGUCUACUUUUCGAAGUGCGGCGACGAUGAAGACUUCCCCAAGGCCUGCGAGAAGACUAACAACACGCUCGGCGAUAUCUUCAUGGUGGAUGUAUAUCGCGGUCUCGUUAUCGACGAGCAGCUCUCGGACGUGCUCGAAGCGCAGUGGCUCAGUCUGGAGCAGCUGAAGCCUUUAGACGUGUGA